UCUGUUUGACAAUGCUCGUAACACUGCAGCCGAACAGGGUUUAGUAUGUUGUGUUCGGCGCGUGCUACAUUCUUGGAGUUCUUUUUUUUUUGUGUCGGAGGUCUCACGCCCGAGUUCUGUUACUACAUCCACAAAGCACAACCCUUCGUCGUCGUGUUGUUGCUUUGGAGGAGGAAGGAGAGCUCUGGCGUAGUAAAUGCGGGUGGUGUAUCGUACGCUGGCUGUAUCCGAAAUUUGGAAACAGAAACUCCGAGUUCUUGGGACCUUCCAUGGUGGUUAGUGGUUGUUUGUUUUCAGUGCGUUAAGGACGUUAGAGAGCUGUCGGUUUUUGGACGCAGUGUAUUGUAGAACAUAGUGUUUUAGCAGGAAGUUGUUUAAGUUACGGAAGUAAUUUAGAUCCAAAAAAAUCAUGUGAUCACGUGACUCAGAGCGCAUUCGUUCACCAAGCACCUCGAUCCGAUUUUUUAAACGUGCCUUUUUGUAAACACUUUUCAACGCCUACUAAAGAAAUCCUGUCAGGUCGCUCUAUUUAGACAAAUUUCAAGAUGUCGUUCGAUUCCACCAAACUGUUCCAAACCUACCAAAGCCAUCAGGACAUUAAGCAAUACCUGGAAAAUCUAGUACAACGCUACUCGAGCAAAAUUGAAAUCUUUUCCCGUGCCGAAUCAUACGAAGGGCGCGAAAUACUGACCGUCCGCAUCUGUUCGGACAUUCACCAGAAACGCCCACCGUCGAACCGUUGGUGCAUUCUGAUAGAUGCCGGCAUACACGCCCGGGAAUGGAUUACCGUGUCCGUCGCCCUGUUUAUCGUCCAGCAGCUGCUGGAAAAGGAUGAAAUAAGCGCCAAAAGUUUUCGGAGCUUCGAGUGGAUUAUACUACCGCUGCUAAAUCCGGACGGUUACGAGUACAGCCGGGAGCAUAAUAAAAUGUGGCGCAAAACGCGUCGACCGCUCGGGCCAAGGAAUCAUCACCGGCGCUGUGUCGGUGUGGACUGUAAUCGAAACUUUAACGUGGCGUGGACCAUCGGAAGCACCCGGUUCUGUUCGUUGCUGUACCGUGGCGAGCGACCCUUUUCCGAGCGCGAAACUAAGAAUGUGCGUGACGUUUUCCGCAAACUACGGCCGGCGUGCAAGUUCUACCUUUCGCUCCAUUCGUACGCUAAGGCCAUUCUUUAUCCGCGAGCUUACACAAGAACACCGCCCCGGAACUGGCAGAUGCAGCACACGAUCGCUGAGGCGGGCGUUGAAGCGAUGAAGAAAGCCACCGGCGUACGAUACCGCUGCGGCAGUGCGUCGACCGUACUGAAUCGUCCCGUCGGCGGUUCUAGCAUCGAUUAUGCGCACGACAUCGAGAAGGUUCCGGUGGCGCUCGUGAUGGAGGUGGCGUCCAAAGGUUUCCAUCCACCGGAAGCAACCAUACAGCGAAUUUGUGAAGAAAGUUGGAUCGGUAUCGGUGCGAUGGUGAACUGUCUUGCGGCCAGCUUCCGAUCCGUGCUGAAGGGUAGCGGCACCUUACAUUUACGCUAAUCAGGAGGAAGAUUUGUUUUCUGCUUAAAAUAACGACUUCUCACUUUAUUUUUAAUUCAUUCGAUUAUAAUAAUGGGUCAGGUUAGGUUCCGGUCGAAGAAAGCUCGACAAUCGGUUAGAUGUAGAGUUACAUUUUUCGGUAGACAUGUACAGAACAUACACCACUCAUAGUACUCCUAUCGAAUAUGCUAUGUUCGGAACAUGAAACGGGCGUGUUUUGGGAACGUUAAUGUAACAAAAUAAUAAUUCACACCUGGAUAUACCUGCUUAAACCAGCAAAUGGGAAACAAA